AUGGGUCAGUACUUACUAUUGUUCCUUCCAGCAGAUGAUAAGAGUAUUCCAAAUCCAGUUUAUCUAUUCCAAGGCAUUGUGUUACGCAGAGGUGCCAAAGGAACUGGAAUGAAGUCUAUAGAACUAGCACUUUCCAUGUGUGACAUUGUUGACAUAUAUGGUUUCACAGUUGAUCCAGGUUACACUGAAUGCAUCUCUCCCUCUGUUUACCGUUGUGUUUUUUUCCAUGGGGCCCGAUACUUCUCCACACCAAGGAAAGGGCAUAAUCCACUUCAAGGGCGGGCAUAUUACCAACUUCCAGAAUGCCUUGGUGAUUCAUUCUCCCAUAAGAAGAAGCAAGACUGGUCAGACGUGCCGAGCCGAGAAACUAUAAGUAGAGCUCAUGCAGCAGCUUUGCGCUUGAAGAGGGGCCAAAAUGACCAAGCUGGUGGGCUGGGACAAUUUGAUAGCUGUAAGGUGUGGGGCAAUGCGGGUCCUGAUGGGAGCGGGCCAAUCUCAGGAUCUCCAGACAUGAGUAUUGUCAGGAAGCAUUCAAAUUACAGUAAAUGGGAAGUGAUGCCGUUUGAGAGUCUAAGAAAGGAGGCACAGGAUUACUACAAGCAGAUGUAA